CCGCGAGGUUUUCCGAGAGGAGUUUUCGCCUCCCGUCGUCCUCGCGCCGAUCACUCCCCAAGUCAGAAAACUCUCUCCGCCUUGGAAGCGCGCAGUUCUCUUUUUGAUAUUUUCCCCACUCGCUUUAACACGCCCACUCCGCCGCAUUACGGUUUACCGGGAAGAAAGCGGAGAACAUGAGCACGUCUAUCACGUCUGCCACGUCUGUUAAGGAGCUCUAAGAGCUAUGGAAUUGUAAGUGUGGAUCGUAUUUUCUUGUCAUCUGCAGAGGCAGACAGCCCUCUCGAAAAAGGACGCCGACUCAUACUGCAGACUGACCGGGUUUCUUCUUAUUACGACUUCUAUAUUUAGGAUUCGUUAUGAUCAGAGCCACUAUACAGCGCGGUGCGCCGUUUGUUUUGCUGUGGCUGUUUGUCGGGAACUCUGUUUUUGCUUGGCUGGGUAACGACAACGUCAAGUCCAAGAAACAAAAAAACGGACAGUCCGACUACGAGGCCACCGGCAGCCAAGACCAAAACUGCUUUUGCCACCUGACUGGCAUCCUGGAUGACUGCUUCUGCGACGUGGAGAGCAUCGACAUCUUCAACAACUUCAAGAUCUAUCCAAGGAUCCGCAAGCUAACAGAGAGAGAUUACUUCAGAUAUUACAAAGUAAACCUUAAGCGGCCCUGUCCGUUUUGGCCUGAUGACAGCCAGUGCUCCAUUAAGGACUGCCAGGUGGAACCUUGUCCAGAGAGCAAAGUUCCAGUGGGAAUUAAAGCAGGCAACUACAACAAGUACUCCCAGGCAUCCAACACACGUUCAGACGUAGAGGAGUGUGAGCAUGCCCACGAGCUGGGGGCCAUCAACAGUACACUCAGUAACCAGAGCAGGGAGGCAUUCGAGGACUGGGCCCGGCAUGACGACGCCCAGGACCACUUCUGCGAGCUGGAUGAUGAGACAUCCCCAGACGCCCAGUACGUGGACCUGCUGCUGAACCCCGAGCGUUACACCGGCUACAAGGGCCCCUCAGCCUGGAGGGUUUGGAACAGCAUCUAUGAGGAGAACUGCUUCAAGCCCAGAUCUGUGUACCGGCCCCUGAACCCCCUGGCCCCUAGUCGGGGAGAUGAUGAUGGUGAAAGUUUUUACAACUGGUUGGAAGGCCUCUGCCUGGAGAAGAGAGUGUUCUACCGCCUGAUCUCCGGCCUCCACAGCAGCAUCAACAUCCACCUGUGUGCAGAGUACCUGCUGGAAGAGCCCUGGAGCAAGGCCCACUGGGGCGCCAACGUGCGCGAGUUCCGGCGCCGCUUUGACCCGGCUGAGACCAAGGGCGAGGGCACGCGUCGCCUGAAGAACCUCUACUUCCUGUACCUGAUCGAGCUGCGGGCGCUCUCCAAGGUGACACCGUACUUUGAGCGCUCCAUCGUCAACCUGUACACCGGAAAUAUGCAGGAGGAUGCCCAGACCAAGGAGCUGUUGCUGCAGAUCUUCGACGAGAUCAGAGCUUUCCCCAUGCACUUCGACGAAAAGUCUAUGUUUGCUGGACACAAGCUGGAGGCCAAGACUUUAAAGGAGGAAUUCCGGCUCCACUUUAAGAACAUCUCCCGCAUAAUGGACUGCGUGGGUUGCAAUAAAUGCCGAGUGUGGGGUAAACUGCAGACUCAGGGGCUUGGCACUGCCCUCAAGAUCUUAUUUUCGGAGAAGGAAAUAAAGAACCUACCGGAGAACAGUCCAUCAAAGGGGUUCCAGCUGACACGACAGGAGAUUGUAGCCUUGCUGAAUGCGUUUGGAAGGCUCUCCACAAGUAUCAAAGAGCUGCAUAAUUUCCGAACUCUGCUUAAGGACCAGAGGUAACAAACAUACCUGGCCACCAGGUGGCAGCAGCCAGAGGACACUGCAAUAGUCUUAUCUUCCCAAGAGUAAGGCCACCAUUUCAGGGACUAACAGGAUCAGUUCCAGAAAGUCUUAUCCCGUCUGCGCCCCUCCUCCUACCCCCAGCCCCAUGAGAGCCUCGAUUACUGUGGAGUCGGGUGAGGUUCUUGGCUUUGGGCCGUCUUCGCUAUCAGUCAUUCCCCGCUUGCUCUUAAGAGAUUCCUGCUCUGUUCCUUUUCUCUGUCUGCUGGAGAGAUGCAGGUGAGAGUGAGGGUAUCACCUCCUCGUUCUGGACAGCGGACUCCCAACUUUUUUGCUGAUAUUGGCUGCCGUCCACUGCGGUUUGCUCAUUCCCUCAAAGCAGUCACGUUCUCUGUCUCUGCAGACGCAUGUAAAUGGCAGUUAUAGAUAUGAAAUUCCAUAUAGGAUCGAAUUUAAUGUCAGCCGUCUCGCGUUACGUCAGCUUGAUUUAAACAUCGAGUGUGUCGUCUUUUACUUUUUUGGGGCUGAUGAUAAAUGUUGAUUAUCUUUAUUCAAUUUUUUUUUUUUUACAUUGUUUUUGCACCAAUAUUUAUUCUGAGCAAUAACAGUGAAUCUAUUGUGUGUCUGUGGUCCCAAACUUAAGCAACUCAAACAAGCAUGGAUCUGGUGUAGUACAGCCAGAUUCCUUUACAGUGUUCACUGGAUGGGUUGGGCUCUUUUGUCACUGAGACCAGGUGCAAAUGUUUUUUUACGGAGCGGUCAUACUCGCUUAGCUAGGUACUGUAGCUACACCUGGCGAAGACACCGACGCGGAUGCCAUGGCAUCUGUAGCAGCUUCUGCCAUCGCUUCUCCAAAAGCAGCUAUUUUCUGGUGUUUGAAGUAGUCAGCAAUGGCCAGUUUCGAUGACUGUCUCGGGAUGCCCAUGGAGACCUGGGAGGCUUUGUGCCCCUUGUAGCUUUGGGUUUAGUGUAUACAGCACACCAUCUGGGGUCUCGUCAUUGGCUUGAAGGGGGGGAACUCGUAUCUAGAGAAGGAGACAGGGGCUAAAGCUUUCAUUUAUCUGGCCCAUAUACACAAUAGAGAGCGCUAGUCCAUGACCUGCGGAAGCAGCCAGUUCCCUGCUGAUGCAUUAUUGUACUGCACACAAGGUGCAGUCCGUAUGUCCGCAUAUGGAGGCUUGGCUGCUGGUCGCCCUUCAGAGCAGACUGUGUAACGGGCUGGGUUUGUGGGGGUGUAACUCAAAGCAACUUCAUUUCGGUGUCGAAGCCCCACCUUUUACCGUUCCCUCAGGAUUUUUAUUUUUUUUUCCAUUUUUAGAGUCCUGCUCAGCUAGAAAGCUGGAAGAUGUCUAAAGAACUGAUUUUUCCAUAAUAUUCUGGAUUCGCCUUCCUGUACAGUGAAAUCCUAGAGAAGUCCGUUUGAUCCCGUGAUCUCCCCAGUGGGGUGUAAUGAUACCCCGGCUGGGGCAUUUCCUUGCAGCCUUGUGGCUGAACCCCAAGCUGGCACCUUUCUUGGUUGAAUGUUUAUAGCGGAAAAGGAGUGAUGUAGGCAGCUUUGUGGAAUCUGCUAAGCCAGUGAUCUCCCUGCCCCACCUGCCUCAUGAAAUGUGAGAGCACAUUCUCUAUCUUCAUAUUUCGCACACGUUAAACAGCAUGGCCCCUUCCUGGAGUACCCAGACGCUUAUCAUAUUUGCUAUGUUGAUGGUGUCGACUUCCGGUGUUUUGAACAUAGGGUGAGAAUGCGUGGGCUGGCUGCCCAUUCAGUCGAUAGAUGCAUUUUGUGUAGAGGUUGAUAUUUUAUUCAUGCACACUUAAGAUUCUGUGCAUGGUGCAGCACCACAUUCUCUAUAUGGUAAGUGUCCCUUUCGCCCCUCAAAGCUGCUUCCGGGGAACUGAAGCUUUGUCCUGGUUCCAAGACUCCCCCACCCCCAAGCCCCCCCCACUUUAGAAUGAUAGUGUUAAGUGAAGUCUACUCGAGACCGUCAGAAGUGACCAAAGAGCCCUCCCUCCGCUGUGCUGUGCCACACAUCCUGUCCAGCCACCCCCCCCGAGAUGAAGGAAAUGGCAGCCGUGGGCAGGAGAGUGCAAGGAAGCUGUGUGCCACCCCCGCCGCUGCACUCUCCCCCACCCCCACGCGCCAAACUCGUCCCGCACCACGCUGCACGGCGUGCCGCACACUGUACAUCCUGCCUUACGCCUGUGACUCUUAGGCGCCACCCUAAGCUUGCCUACAGUGACGAGAUGGCUGGUCAGAUCUCGCCUCCAGCUGCCUCUGCUUUACAGUGUUCUGCCCCUCUGCUCUUUUUACACACUCUGUGAACUUUUGAGAUCUUGUACCAUUUGUAAAAGAAGGAAGAUCUUUUAACUCUGUAUAGUUGCACCUCUGUUGUCUGUACGUACUGAGUGUAUUUAUUUGAAUGGAGGAAUAAACAUUUCUGGUUGUCAUUCCAAA